AUGAUUUCAACUACGUUCGACUUUCUUGUUCUUUUUGUUGUCGUUGUUGUGUUCAUCCUAUUGUUUUUUCUUUUUCUUCUUCUUUUUCCUCUUCAUUUUCUUCCUCUUCUUCAUCUUUAUUUUCUUCGUCUUCUUCUUCUUUUGCUUUCUCUUCCUCUUCUUUUUCAUCUUCAUUUCUUUUUCUUUUUGGUUUUCUUCAUCUUCUUCUUUUUCCUGCUCUUUUCUUUUUCUUCCUUUUCUCUUUCCUCUUCUUCCUGCGCUUUCUUCUUCUUCUUCUUCUUCUUCUUCUUCUUCUUCUUUUUGCUUCUUCUUCUUCUUCUUCUUCUUCUUUCCUUUUCUUCUUCCUCUUCUUCCUGCUCUUUUUUCUUCUUCCUCAUCUUAUUCUUCUUUUGCUUCUUUUUCUUCUUCUUCUUCAUCUUCUUCUUUUUCCUGCAUUUUUCUUUUUCUUCCUUUUCUUCUUCCUCUUCUUCCUGCUCUUUUUUCUUCUUCUUCUUUUGCUUCUUCUUCUUCUUCUUGCUCUUUUCUUUUUCUUGUUCCUCCUCAUCUUCUUCUUCUUUUGCUUCUUCUCCCCCUUCUUUUUCAUCAUCUUUUUUCUUCUUUUUCGUUUUUCUUCUUCUUUUUUCUUCUUCCUCCUCCUCCGCCUCCUCCUCCUCCUCCUCUUAUUAUUCUUUUGCUUCUUCUUCUUUUUCAUCUUCAUUUCCUUCUUCUUCUUUUUCGUUUUCUUCUUCUUCUUUUCUUCUUCCUCUUAUUCUUCUCUUUAUUAUUAUUAUUAUUAUUAUUAAAGAUAAUGUUCCUCGUGUUGCUCUUGUUUGGCAGGAAAGAUGA